CGUCGCGAUCGUGCGCGCGCCGGAAGGGCGCGCGAGCGAGCGAAGGCGAUGCAAGCGAUGGGCGCGCGCGUAAGCCCCGUCGCGGUGACGGAUGCGCGCGCGCGUCGCCAUCGCGCGCGCGUGGGGGCGAAAAAUGGCGGUGCGGUGGAUAACACGCAGCUUUUGGAAGAGCAUGAUGCGUGCGGGGUCGGUUUCAUCGCUUCGUUGAAGGGUGAGCGCACGCACAAGACUGUGAAAGAUUCCUUGAUGGCUGUCGGGUGCAUGGAGCACCGCGGGGCGUGCUCGGCGGACAACGACUCUGGUGAUGGUGUCGGUGUCAUGACGCACAUUCCGUGGAAGCUUUUGGACAAGUGGUGCGCGGCGAAUGGUAUCAGUGGAUUCUCUGAAGGCUCCUCGGCGGUCGGUAUGGUUAUGUUGCCCACCGACGGUGCCAAGGCGGCUGAGGCGAAGAAGAUUCUUGAGGCGAGCUGCGUCGCCGAAGGCCUCAAGGUGCUCGGUUGGCGUGCGGUUCCGGUGGACAACUCCGUCGUCGGUCCGCUCGCGAAGAUGACGUGCCCGGUGCACGAACAGAUUCUCGUCGACGGGGCGGGCUUGGAACGCGAAGAGCUCGAGCGCAAGUUGUUCAUCGCGCGCAAGACGUGCGAAAAGUCGGCGAGCUCCGACGCCGUGUUAGCUGAGAGCUUCUACAUUUGCACCUUGAGCUCCCGCACGAUUGUGUACAAGGGUAUGCUUCGAUCCGCGGUGUUGGGCAAGUUCUACAAGGAUUUGGAAGACCCCGACUACGAGUCGCAGUUCUCGAUUUACCACCGCCGUUUCUCCACGAACACGACGCCGAAGUGGCCACUCUCGCAACCGAUGCGUUUCUUGGGACACAACGGUGAGAUCAACACCCUUCAAGGUAACUUGAACUGGAUGGCGUCUAAGGAAGCUGAUAUGGAGAACCCGAUCUGGGGCGGUCGUGAACCGGAAUUCCGCCCGAUCUGUAAUCCGGCUGCCUCCGAUUCCGCCAACCUCGACAGAGUCGCGGAGCUCCUGGUGAGAACCGGCCGCGCGCCGGCGGAGACUAUGAUGUUGCUUGUGCCAGAAGCGCACCGCAACCACCCCGAACUCGAUGCGACGUUCCCGGAAGUUCAUGAUUUCUACGAUUAUUACGCUGGGAUGCAAGAAGCGUGGGAUGGUCCAGCGUUGCUCGUCUUCUCCGAUGGCAAGCAGCUCGGCGCCCGCCUCGACCGCAACGGGUUGCGCCCGGCGCGCUUCUGGCGCACGUCCGAUGAUUACAUCUACGUCGCCUCGGAAGUUGGUGUCCUCGGUGAUGUCAUGUCCAACGCGUCCAAUGUCGUCUCCAAGGGCCGUCUCGGCCCGGGUAUGAUGAUUUACGCUGAUUUGGAGACGGGCGAGUUCAAGGAAAAUACGGAAAUCGCGAAGGAAGUCUCCGCGCGCCUCCCGUACGGCGAAUGGAUGAAGGCCAUCGAUCGCGUCAAGGGCAUCGAACCCAUUGGCGCGACGCAACUGGACCCGAUCCAACUCAUCGAGUGCCAAGCUCGCGCCGGUUACGCCGCCGAAGACAUCACGAUGAUCAUUGAAUCGAUGGCGUCCGAUGCCAUCGAACCCACUUGGUCGAUGGGCGACGACACCCCGAUGCCCGUCUUGUCUGGCCGACCGCGCUUGCUUUAUGACUACUUCAAGCAACGCUUCGCGCAAGUUACCAACCCCGCCAUCGACCCUCUUCGCGAGGGUCUCGUCAUGUCCUUGGCCAUGACUCUUGGUGCGAAGGGCAACUUGCUCGACACGCAAGGCAAGGAAACGCCGCCGGUCAUGCUCGACUCCCCGGUCCUCUUCGACUCUGAGUUGGAGCACAUUAAGAACCACCCGAAGCUGAAGACGCAAACUAUUGCCGCGCGUUACGCCGCUGGUGGUGCCGCUGGUGCCCUCAAGGCUGGCCUUGACAAGCUUUGCGAAGAGGCCGCCGCGGCGAUUCGCGCCGGCAGCGAGUGCAUCGUCAUCACGGAUCGUCCGGAUCAAGGUCCGGACUCGCCCGCGAUUCCCUCGCUUCUCGCUGUUGGUACCGUGCACCACUACUUGAUCGCGCAAGGUCUUCGAACCCGCGCGUCUAUCGUCGUGGAGUCUGCUUCGGCGUUCAGCACGCACCACAUUGCCACCUUGGUUGGUUUCGGCGCACACGCUGUGUGCCCGUGGUUGGCUUUGGAAACCUGCCGGUCAUGGAGAAAGUCCCCGAAGGUCGAGACCGCCAUCCAGCGCGGUAAGAUGGGUGAUGUCUCUGUGGAAGGUGUGCAAGUCAACUUCAAGAAUGCCCUCAACAAGGGUCUCAAGAAGAUCUUGUCUAAGAUGGGUAUCUCUUUGAUCACCUCGUACCAAGGCGCGCAAAUUUUCGAGUGCUACGGUCUUGGGCCUGAAGUCAUCAACACCGCCUUCAAGGGCACCGUUUCCCGCAUCGGUGGUCUCACCAUGGAUGAAGUUGCCGCGGAGACGCACAUGUUUGUCCAGUCCGCUUUCCCGGGUGAGGCUGAAGAGAUGGCCAAGGUUGAGGCGCGCGGUAUGUUCCAAGUCAAGCCGGGAUUGGAAUACCACGGCAACAACCAAGAGAUGUCUAAGCUUCUUCACAAGGCUGUUGGCCUCGGUGGUGGUGAAAAGAAUGAUGAGUUCUGGAGCGCCUACCAAGCGCACCGCAACGAUCGUCCGUACACGUGCUUGCGCGAUCAACUCGAAAUCAAGUCUGACCGCCAACCGAUCUCCGUCGAUGAGGUCGAAUCCGUCGCUGACAUUUGCACGCGCUUCUGCACGGGUGGUAUGUCUCUCGGUGCUAUCUCCCAAGAGUGCCACGAAUCUAUCGCCAUCGCGAUGAACCGCAUCGGUGGUAAAUCCAACUCUGGUGAAGGUGGCGAAGACCCGAAGCGAUUCGAAACCAUCACUGACGCCACCGCGGAUGGCAAGUCUGAAACGUUCCCGUACCUUCGAGGCAUGGAGAAUGGCGACGUCGCGUCUUCCGCUAUCAAGCAAGUCGCUUCCGGUCGCUUUGGUGUCACGACGUCGUUCUUGAUGUCUGCCAACCAGACCGAAAUCAAGGUGGCGCAAGGUGCCAAGCCGGGAGAAGGUGGUCAGCUUCCGGGUAAGAAGGUUUCCCCGUACAUUGCCUGGCUCCGCCGAUCCAAGGCUGGUGUCCCGCUCAUCUCCCCGCCGCCGCAUCACGACAUCUACUCCAUUGAGGAUCUCGCGCAGCUCAUCUAUGACUUGCACAUGGUCAACAAGAACUCGAAGGUGUCCGUGAAGCUCGUGUCCCAAGCGGGCAUCGGCACGGUGGCGUCCGGCGUCGCCAAGGCGAACGCCGACAUCAUCCAAAUUUCGGGUGGCGAUGGUGGUACCGGCGCGUCUCCUUUGUCGUCCAUCAAGCACUGCGGUGGUCCGUUGGAGAUGGGUCUCGUCGAAUCGCACAGAACUCUCGUUGAGAAUGGCCUUCGCGAGCGCGUCGUCUUGCGCGCCGAUGGUGGCUGCCGCUCCGGUCUUGACGUCAUCCAAACCGCUCUCAUGGGUGCCGAUGAAUACGGUUUCGGUACCGUUGCGAUGAUUGCCACUGGCUGCGUCAUGGCUCGUAUUUGCCACACCAACAACUGCCCCGUUGGUGUUGCGUCCCAGCGCGAAGAGCUUCGCGCGCGCUUCCCCGGUGCGCCAAGCGAUCUUGUCAACUUCUUCAUGUACGCCGCGCAAGAAGUGCGCGAGAUCCUCGCCCAAAUGGGUUACAGAUCUCUCGAUGAGAUCAUCGGUCGCAACGACUUGCUCAGCCAAAUUGACAAGGCGCCGGCGAAGACUUCGUCUCUCGACUUGUCCUUCCUCACCACGUCCUCUGGCGAGGCUGGCGCUUCCUCGGACCGCAUCGCGCAACCGGUGCACAACGACGGUAUCGUUCUCGAUGACAAGAUCCUUAGCGAUCCGGAAGUCCAAAAGUGCAUCGAAACCGAAGGCACGUACACGAAGAAGGUGGAGAUUGUCAACGUCGACCGUUGCGCGACGGCGCGCGUCGCCGGUCAAAUCGCCAAGAAGUACGGCGACAAUGGCUUCGCUGGUUCUCUCACCUUAGACAUCGAGGGUUCCAGCGGUCAAUCUUUCGGUGCUUUCGUUGUCGGUGGCCUGAAAGUGCGACUUGUGGGUGAAGCGAACGAUUACGUGGCGAAGAGCAUGAGUGGCGGUGAGAUUGCCAUCAUGCCUCCUCCGAACUCUCCGUUCGCGCCGGAGUCGGCGAGCAUCGCGGGUAACGCGUGCUUGUACGGCGCCACUGGUGGUCAAGUGUUUAUCAGCGGUCGCGCUGGUGAACGCUUCGCCGUCCGUAACUCGCUCGGUGAAGCGGUCGUUGAAGGCACUGGCGACCACUGCUGCGAAUACAUGACGGGUGGUUGCGUCGUCGCGAUCGGCAAGGUUGGCCGCAACGUUGGCGCGGGUAUGACUGGUGGCAUCGGUUACUUCCUCGACGAAGACGGUACGUUCGAAUCCAAGGUGAACGGCGAGAUUGUCGCCAUGCAGCGCGUGAUCACGCCGGCGGGUGAGGCCCAACUCAAGGGUCUCAUCUCCGCGCACGCCGAGAAGACGAACUCGCCGAAGGCGAAGGCUAUCCUCGCUGACUGGGCCAACUAUUUGCCCAAGUUCUGGCAGUUAGUUCCGCCGUCUGAGGCGAACACGCCGGAGGCGACGAACGAUGUUAAGGCUGGAGUUGAAGCCACUGCUUAAAUCCAUAGCGCGGCGCGGCGUCGUACGCAAAAAAUGCUUGCAAGCGUUCAUGAGUUGAGGAAUUUAGAAACAGU